AAACUCGCGGGAUCCUAAUCCAUUCUUUUCCGAAGCACGCGGUCGCGCACGCACCCCGCCGCCCACCACCGAUUGAGGGAACGCCCCUCUGCUGUGACGUGUCCCGCUCGCCGUGCCCGCGCGCUCCGCAUUGCGGCCUCGCCGCCCACGCGCCCCGCCAUUUAAAUGCGCUUUAGUUCGAUCCAUCAUCUUCUCAAAGUGCCCUCCCCUCCGAUUCUCCAGUUCCCUUAUCCUCUCUCCCAUGGCCGCCAGCCUCGCGCUCUCACUGCGCCUCGCGCCGUCGUCGUCGGCGCCCUUGAGCCUCCACCGCCGCCGGCGCGGAGCCGGAGUCCUCACAUGCCGCGCCACAGCCACGUUCCACCAACUUGACGCCGUCGCGGUGAGGGAGGAGGAGGCAAAGUUCAAGUCUUCGGCGAAGGAGGGAUGCAACCUGCUGCCGUUGAAGCGGUGCAUCUUCUCCGACCACCUGACGCCGGUGCUCGCGUACCGGUGCCUCGUCAAGGAGGACGACCGCGAGGCGCCCAGCUUCCUCUUCGAGUCCGUCGAGCAGGGCUCCGAGGGCACCAAUGUGGGGAGGUACAGUGUCGUAGGGGCGCAGCCCGCCAUGGAGAUCGUGGCCAAGGCCAACCACGUGACGGUGAUGGAUCAUGAGAUGAAGUCGAGGAGGGAGCACUUCGUGCCUGAUCCGAUGAAUAUCCCCAGGAGUAUUAUGGAGCAGUGGAACCCACAUAUAACCGACGGCCUACCUGAUGCAUUUUCUGGAGGAUGGGUUGGAUUCUUCUCGUAUGAUACAGUGCGUUAUGUUGAAACAAAGAAGCUUCCAUUUAGUAAGGCACCACAUGAUGAUAGGAACCUUCCUGACAUUCAUUUAGGCCUCUACAAUGAUGUCAUUGUGUUUGACCAUGUUGAGAAGAAAACACAUGUUAUACAUUGGGUGAGGGUGGACUGCUAUCAUUCUGUUGAUGAAGCAUAUGAAGAUGGAACAAAUCAACUAGAAGCUCUGUUAUCAAGAUUACAUUGUCUUAAUAUCCCAACACUUUCUUCCGGUUCUAUUAAACUUAAUGUUGGGCACUUUGGCUCAGCAUUACAAAAAUCGUCAAUGUCAUGUGAAGAAUAUAAGCAUGCUGUUGUUCAAGCGAAAGAACAUAUUCUGGCUGGUGAUAUUUUUCAAGUAGUCCUAAGCCAGCGUUUUGAGAGACGGACAUUCGCCGACCCCUUUGAGAUCUACCGUGCAUUGCGCAUUGUAAAUCCUAGUCCAUAUAUGGCCUAUCUACAGGCACGAGGUUGUAUUCUUGUGGCAUCAAGUCCUGAAAUUCUCACUCGGGUGCAAAAGAGGACAAUCAUCAAUCGGCCACUUGCUGGAACUAUAAGAAGAGGGAAAACGAAAGCAGAAGACAAAGUUUUAGAACAGCUGCUUCUGAGUGAUGAGAAGCAGUGUGCUGAACAUAUUAUGUUAGUAGAUCUCGGUCGAAAUGAUGUCGGAAAGGUGUCGAAACCAGGUUCAGUAAAGGUGGAGAAACUUAUGAAUAUUGAACGAUAUUCACAUGUCAUGCACAUUAGCUCAACAGUAACUGGGGAGCUACGUGAUGAUCUUACCUGUUGGGACGCGCUUCGUGCAGCACUGCCUGUUGGAACAGUUAGUGGCGCUCCUAAGGUGAGAGCAAUGGAGCUGAUCGAUGAGCUGGAAGUGAAUAUGCGUGGGCCGUACAGUGGUGGCUUUGGAGGGAUUUCGUUCUGUGGUGACAUGGAUAUUGCUCUUGCUCUUCGCACUAUCGUCUUCCCCACCGGAUCUCGGUUCGACACCAUGUACUCAUACACUGACGGAAACCCGCGCCAGGAGUGGGUGGCUCAUCUCCAAGCCGGAGCUGGGAUAGUGGCUGACAGCAAACCAGACGACGAGCACCAGGAGUGCCUGAACAAGGCCGCUGGAGCUGCCCGUGCCAUUGACCUUGCCGAAUCUACAUUUCUAGACGAGUAG